AUGCUAAACACCAUCCUCCUCCUCGCCCUGGCAGCCUCCUCCUUCGCCCAAACCACCACCACCGCCGCGAGCUCAGCUCCACCAACCCCAACCCUACCUCCAACCCCAUCCAACACCACAGCAAUAACCGGCAUCUUCCUCCUAGACGGCACCACCCCAAUCCCAGGCUUUACCCCCUCCCUCCUCUGCGCCGACCCCACCGCCACAACCUUCAUCCUCGCCUGCGCCAGCACUUCCCCAGCUGCCAACACAAUCUGCGCAACCGAUUCCCAAGUCCAAAUCACCGUAACCGCACGCCCGACCAACUACGACCUCGCUUACUCAACAGUCGUCCGGCAAGGUUCCGGCGUUGUGACGCAGAGCUGUGAUUUCGGGGGUCCGAGUAAGGUGGCUACGCAGGCGGUGUGCUCGGCGUCGGGGUAUGUAGCUGUAAGGGGGAGGACGAUUACGUUGUUGUCGACGGUGGAGACGAUGACGAUUGCGAGCUCUGCGCCGACUUUCUCGAUUCCGGUUACGGCUGGUGCGGUGCGGACGGAGGCCUGUUCUGCGAGACCGACACCUACCACUUCUUCAACGUGGUCGCCGCUGCCGCAGGCGACGACGGGCAAUAUGGUGGCUAAUGCGGCUUCGGAUGGAGUUGUGAAGGAGGUGUAUAAGGUGUUGGUUCCGGUUGGUGUUGCGGCGUUGGCAUAUGCUGUGUAG